AUGUCUGACGAGUAUUUUUGGCCCGACGUACGUCAACCGAUCGCACUCAGCGCAAGGCACGGUGAAUGCAGCAAGGUGGUAGAGGAUUCGUCUAUCCAGAUUCAAGAGUGCUUGACACGAUUGACCAGCCUACUUCACGAACGCUCAUUGGCACUCUUGAAAUGUGCGCAGUUUGACACGGCCAUACGCGAUGCAGACGCCAUUCAAGAACUUGACCCGAGAUCGACGCUUGGUUACCUUGUGAAAGGAAAUAUCUAUGCAUAUCAAGGAUGUCAUGAUAUGGCUUUGAGCGAGUAUGAGGAAGGGCUCUAUAUGAACAAGGAUGAUCAGCAACUCCUAAAAGCCAAAGCCGAGGCAGCGACCAUGAAAGAGAAGCGCGUUGAUUUCAUUUCCAAGCUACCUCUCGAGCUUGUAUCAAGUUACAUUGUCCCUUUGGUGGUGAAUGGCUAUGAAUGGAACAGCCAAUAUCCAUGUCCUUAUCUUGAUGUAUCCAACACGUGGCGCGAUCGAUUCUCUCGUGCAAGCUUGCGUUAUCUUUUCAAUGAUCAUGGCAACAAUGGUUAUCCUGCACAGGCUCUUUCGUUAUUGCAUCGUAUUAAGUCAUUGAGGGUCUUCAAUUAUAAACCAGGGUCGGAUUUAGCAAGGUUAUUACAUCGUGGCCAUUUUGUCUCGUUACGUUCGAUGGAAAUGACUGACACAGAGGCCUCAAAUGGAAUUUAUACCUUUGUAUGCCCACGCCAAACGGGAAGCCAUUUGGUUGACUUGAGGAUCACAUCACAAGCAACAGUGAGCAUGGUGGAUGUUCUUGAGUCAUGUCCAAAACUUGAAUCCUUGAAGUUAAGCUGCAAUGUGGGGAUCGAUCUUUUAUCACAGCCAUGGCAACUAUCACCAGCCCUUGUGCACCUGGAACUUACUCAUUUGCGGAGACCAAUCCUUCAUGAACAUGUGCUUGCAUUACAAGCGCAUUGUCCAUCGCUCGAGUCACUUGCGCUUCAUCCAUGUCAUGAUUCCACGUUCUUUUCAAAUUUACACCAACGUUGGCCUGGGAUGAAACAACUACUUAUCAGCACUCAAAGGAGGAUCACCUGGAAUAUCAAUUGGAAGGGGAAACCAAAUACACCACCAGGAUUAUGGAAAUUGUACAUAGACGACUUGGAUGUACAACAUUACAAUCCCCACGACAUCCACAACAUCGUGGUGAACAAUUGCGAGACGCUCGAGACAAUGUUCCUUACAGGAAGCACGCAACAAGAGUUCCCUGCACCGCCGCCGUCAACAGUACAAUUUACACGAUUGCAACGCAUGUAUUAUUGGUCAAGGACAUCACCUCUCUUACCCUGUCAUGGAUCAUGGAUACCCUCUCAUGCACCUGUUCUUGAUGGUGUCGAUUUGAAUCAUGGUGCACUUGCAGGAUCGCAAACGCUGAUAAACAUCCUCUGCAAUUUACGACAUCUUCGGUCACUCGCAUAUCGUUCAAAUAGUGGGUGUACCACUUCGCAUAUUACCAAGGUUCUCAAAGCACACGGCAACAUGGAAAAUGGCCAAUCUAGCCUGAUCGACCUGACACUUGCUAUGCCGGCAAGCCUGAUCAUGAACAAAGGCCUGCAAGAUGCCAUCUGUGCAUUGAAAAAUCUCACUGGAUUAUCGCUUGGAAGAUUCAAAGACACAAUGAACGCUACGAAUUCAAUGGAAUUGUUCAUGCGGCUUGCUAGACAUUUGGAUGCAUUGCGUGUUCUGGAUAUCAAGAUGAAGACGGAUGGCUUGGAUGAUGGUGUCUUGAUACUAUCAACGCUUGGUAAUCUUCACACCGUGACCUUACGUGGUGACCAGCUUUCGAAUACUGGCCUCAUGCAUUUCACAAAAUACUCAAGGUUACUAAAUCUCACUCUCUACAAUACCAUGCAAACGAAAUUCACAAGUGACUUUCAGAUAUUGGAACAACACAUUCCGGGAGUGCGUGUAUACACGUACAAGAUUCAGUAG